CGGGUGGAAAAUAAUUUCACAGUAAACACGAAAUCUCAGCAAGUCAAUACGUCGCUGACGGUCUUAUGCAGCCAUGCAUUGGGGCAGUAUGUGGCAGAAAUUUCUCAUUUUUUGUUUACCAUUUUUAGGAAAUGUGGUGGACGCCAAAGCCAAGGUCGGCCCAAAAGUAACGGAUAAGGUGUUUUUUGACAUCACGGUGGGAGGACAUGAGGUUGGCAGGAUUGUGAUUGGGCUGUUUGGAGAGGUCGUCCCUCUAACUGUGAAGAACUUUGUUGCUCUUGCCACUGGAGAGAAAGGAUAUGGUUACAAGGGCAGCAAGUUCCAUCGUGUCAUCAAAGACUUCAUGAUUCAAGGAGGUGACUUCACAGCUGGAGACGGAACAGGAGGUAAGAGCAUCUAUGGGAAGACAUUUGCAGAUGAGAACUUUAAGCUGAAGCACCAGGGCACAGGCUGGGUCAGCAUGGCCAAUGCAGGUCCCGACACCAACGGCUCUCAGUUCUUCAUCACUUUAGCAAGGGCUCCUUGGCUGGAUGGCAAGCAUGUUGUCUUUGGCAAAGUCUUGGACGGCAUGACUGUGGUUCAUACGAUUGAGCUCCAGGACACAAAUGACAGGAAUGUACCCUACACAGAGUGUGUGAUAGUAAACAGUGGGAGGAUCGAGGUCAAAGAGCCUUUUGUUGUAGAGCUGGAGGGUUGGUAGUCUGGCAGACCAGACUGAGAUCAGAGCGCAACUGAUACAUUGAUUAGCCGCUAAAACUAGCAGAUUAUAUUUCCACAACUGAAUCGGCAGCUGAUGAAACACUGUUAUCGAUAUGGCUUGUUUAAUAUUAAAAUGAACAAACAUCUCUAACAUGAGGGGAAAAACACUAUUAAAAACACUAUAUCUUGUUCUUAUACCACUCUUACACAGAUUGCUAAACUGGCAGUUACCAACUACUCACCUUCAUAACUACACUACAGGCUGCAUUAGUAAACUUGAUGUAGUUUACUAGUGUAAAAAUGCAUCCAGAUCUACCUUUAGCAUCAGGAAAACAUAACACACAAAUAUCUUGAUGUGAAGCAAUAAAUAGUAAAUGCUAAUUAACAGAAACUAAUAAGACUGCUAAGAAGGCUGAGAAGCUCCACCCUGUCGCUACAUUAUUUAUUAUUUAUUAUUAUUUAUUGUGUGAGUUUAUGCUGAUAGUUCAGACCUGGCAGUCAUAUUUUACAUUUCACAGUUGACAACUGGCAACCAUAUCAGUCAGUAAAUUACUGUUUAAAUAUUGGAGAAUUUUUGAUUAUAUAAAUUAUAACGGCCGAUAUUAUUGGUUGAACUUUUAGCACCAUAAAGACAACUUGAAAUCAAAAUUGGCCUUUUUACUUUGUUAGGUCAUGUUCCUGAUCAUAUUAAGCACAGUUCAUGAUAUGUAAUUGUAUUUAAAAGACAAAAUUCUUUUCCCGCCAUCUUCCUUCAAAAUGUAAUAACUUUAGCCCACCUAUAUUACAUCUUCUCAUUUUUGGUUACAAGACUUUGCAUCAGCGUGGCAGAGAAAAAUAAUAUUAAUCAAUAAUAUCAUGUUUCGCCUCCUCCUCCCACCAUCCUGAAAAUGCUCAGCUAGC